GCCACAAUCAUGAUUGAACCUACUCCCAUUAUUGACCUCACCACCUCCGGAGCUGCAGGGACAUCAUUAGCAGCACAUUUGAUUACUGCGAAAAAUCUUCAGGCUACACUGGACGAUGCAAAAGCGGGACUCCGAAUAGUUAAUGCUCAUGCUGAGCUAUCCACACAUACUUGGGAUGGCAUUGAAGAAUGGGUUGGUGAAGAUGGCGCUCUGGGACUCAAAGAUCCUAAGAUUGUCGAGAGCGAUGUCCAAGCUCAAAUUUCUUUCCUAAGGAAGCUCAAGUUUCUUUACCUGGAACAGAAUGCCAAAGAUAAAUAUGUGAAGACCAUUGUCAGUGACGAUGCCCCGCUGGUGACACCUGCACUAAACGAGGAACUCCGAGUACGGAAUGAGGAGAAGAAGGCUGCGCUACGCGAGCACAAAGCGAAGCUAGCAGAAAGAAGGGACGAUCUUCGAGCACUUUCUGGAUUCGUUGAAGAAGAUUACAAGAAAGCGCAAGCUCUCACUCUCCAAGCAUCCACGCUCUCACAAAAGAUACUCGAUGCACGUCUAUCACUUACUCGCUUGCGACAGGCCCACCCCCAUCCUCGGUUAACAAUAACCACAGCGAACCAGCAACUUGAUGGCCAGGUAGAAGAGAUGCAAGCACUAGAUGCGGAACUUGCAGAUGCACACGAGAAGAUUGCUACUGUACGAGAGCGGAUAAAAGUUGGGACGGCUGAUGUUGAAAAGCUGAGGAGUGUUAGAGCAGAGGUGGAAAAGGCUGUGGAAAUCGGCGCUGGUGAAAGAGUGGAAGAUGGAAGAGUGACUGAACUGUAUGAUUGGUUCUCAACCACGACCUUAACCUAUCAUGCGCUCGUUUCACUUCUCUCCGCGCAUAGUGAGUCUGACAACGAGCUGCGCCUCACCUACCGCGUGCAUGAGCGUGAGAUAUGUAUAACGCUGCUAUUCAUACCUAAUACGCGCCGCUUGGCUGAGGCACGGGUGGAGGGCGUCGAGGAACACAUAAUCGGAGACGUAGUGGAUGCACACGUCAUGGAAAACGAUGUAUCUGGGCUUGUAUGGGCUGUGCUUGCGAGAGCAAGGACCACAUAAUAUCAUCCCUAUCGUGACUGGUCAUUCCUCAUUGAUGCAGGAGGGACAAUAUUGUGACGUCCACGCGACAAUCACUUACUCCUGCGAGCUGUCCAUUACCUGGGAGUUAACAUUCACGGCCACUAUCUAGUAGACCGCGGCUUGCCAUAUACGACGGACUGGGUGAUAAUUCAGAUAUGACUCGGCAACAUUUAGGUUGAGCCGGGCUGCGGUCAGCCACACAGAAGUUAAGAAAAAAAACUUGUUCUUGCAUUCGAAUGAGUACGGCGUGCCCCACAAGAGUGCCUCCUGGCUGUUAUUCGCAGGAACCCGGUUUUCUCUUCCGACCAAGUGCGCGCUGUCUGGGGUCAAUGUUUGUUGUAGUAUGCAUAUGUAGGGCUAGGCCGAAUACCAUAUAUCAAUGUGCA